AUUGAAGACUAUGAAGAAGAACCAGUGCUACGACCAGGUUGUAAGGAAUAUUUUUGGCUGCUGUGCAAACUGAUCGAUAACAUACAUGUCAAAGAUGCAAGUCAGACCACGCUGCUUGAUCUAGAUGCCCUAGCAAGACAUCUUGCUGACUGCAUUCGGAGCAGAGAAAUUCUUGACCAUCAAGAUGGCAGUAUAGAAGAUGAUGGACUUACAGGACUGCUUCGUCUUGCUACAAGUGUUAUUAAGCACAAGCCACCCUUUAAGUUUUCUCGUGAAGGGCAGGAGUUUCUGAGAGACAUCUUCAAUCUUUUGUUCUUGCUGCCAAGUUUAAAAGAUAGACAACAGCCAAAAUGCAAGUCACAUUCUUCAAGGGCUGCUGCAUAUGACUUGUUGGUAGAAAUGGUAAAGGGGUCCGUUGAAAACUACAGGCUACUCCACAACUGGGUUAUGGCACAACAUAUGCAGUCUUCCCAUGCACCUUACAAGUGGGAUUAUUGGCCUCAUGAUGAUGUUCGAGCUGAAUGUCGAUUUGUGGGUCUGACUAACCUGGGAGCAACCUGUUACUUGGCAUCAACUAUUCAGCAACUAUAUAUGAUACCAGAAGCCAGACAAGCAAUCUUUACUGCAAAGUAUUCAGAAGAUAUGAAACACAAGACCACUCUAUUAGAACUCCAGAAAAUGUUUACAUACUUAAUGGUAGGUGUGAAAGAGGAUAUUUUAUGA